AUGACCGGCUACAACGCCUAUCCCGAAACCCGUCUGCGCCGCCUGCGCGGUACCGACCCCCUGCGCAACCUGGCUCGGGAGACCCGACUCUCUCCGAAAGAGUUCAUCUACCCCAUGUUCGUUAUGCAUGGCCACGGGGUGCGUGAGCCCAUCGAACCCAUGCCCGGCUGCCACCAGGUGUCGCUGGACGUGAUGUCCGAUGAGGCGGGCGAGGCCGCGGAACUGGGAAUCGGUGGGGUGCUGCUCUUCGGACUGCCCGCCGAGAAGGACCCGCUGGGCACCGAGGGUUACGACCCCGAGGGCAUCGUGCAGGAGGCCGUGCGCACCAUCAAGCGCGACCAUCCCGACAUGCUGGUGUCCACCGACGUCUGCAUGUGCGAGUACACCGACCACGGCCACUGCGGUGUCAUCGACAACGGAAAGAUCGACAACGACCAGACCCUCGAGCUGCUGGCUCGCACCGCGCUGACCCACGUGCAGGCCGGCGCCGACCUGCCCGCUCCCUCUGCCAUGAUGGACGGCCAGGUGUGGGCCAUCCGCCAGGCCCUGAACGCCGAGGGCUACGACGACACGCCGAUUAUGGGCUACGCGGCCAAGUUCGCCUCCGGCUUUUACGGACCCUUCCGAGUCGCCGCCGGUUCGUCUCCCCAGUUCGGCGACCGAAAAUCCUACCAGAUGGACCCGGCCAACUCCCGGAUGGCCAUGCGGGAGAUCGAGAGCGACAUCGCCGAGGGCGCCGACAUUGUGAUGGUCAAACCGGCCAUGGCCUACAUGGACGUCAUACGUGAGGCCCGCGAGCGCUUCAAUCAUCCGUUGGCCGCUUACAACGUCAGCGGCGAGUACUCCAUGGUCAAAGCCGCCGCCCAGCAGGGCUGGAUCGACGAGCGCCCGGUAACCACCGAGCUCCUCACCGGUAUCAAGCGCGCCGGCGCCGACAUCAUCAUCAGCUACUUCGCCAAGGACGUGGCCCGCUGGCUGCAGGAGUAG